UCUCAGGUCAGUGUUGAAUGUUAUGCCAACAGGCAUGUGCCGGCUGCUGGUGUUAGGACUUCUGUGGGGUGGCUACGCCUGUCUCGUUUACAGCUCUGAGGAGUGUCCCAUAGGGACAUACAGGGACUUUGGUUCUGGAAACUGUGACCCAUGUUCAGAUAUAUGCCAGGGCAUGAACAUAAAGGGAACUAAAGACGACUGCCGGAAACACUGUCCCGAUGCCUACACACUGAAGCUUGCGAGUGAAUCGAAAGUUGGCAAUAAAGAUUUGACCAAGAAGACAACAGGCGACGAGGGAAGUAUUCUCCCUGUAGUACUCCCUGUGUUCGCAGCAGUAGUGGUGGUCAGUGUGGUGGUCGGGAUCGUCGUUUACCGUCGUCGGCGUGUCAGUCGCAGACACACACCUGUUCAACCUGUUCACGAUGACACACUGGUAGAACUUCCAUCAAUUCAAUGCACUGAAGAAUCCGACAGCAGCUUCCAUGUAGUUCCAAUAGAGGAACAACAGUUACCGCUACCAGUAGAAGAGGAUACCAAAUUUCCCACAGCAUUCUCUGAUCUCCCCUACAGUGCAAGAUAUGACACUACUCAACAAGGAUCUUACUGACCCAGAGGGUUUUACUGCUUGUGUGUUGAUGUAUAGACAUCUCCACAGAAUUCGGUGGCUCUAAGAUCACCAGUAAAGCCUGACUGUCCUGUCCUGUGUGCCAAGGAGUGAAGAUCGAGAGUUUCCUCUCAUGCACCUUGAUGCUAAGGAGACGAAAUCAUAAUGAUAUCACCUGGUGCAUGGCAUUGCCAUACAUUGAGAGAAAAGACUAUAUUGAGUCAUAUUGUCUUAUUGGUGGAACAAAGACAAAGACCUUUAUAAGAUGACAUGUGGGAAAACCUGCCUUAUUAUUAUUCCGAUUAUUGAAGUCAGUGAAGUCAUUUGCACUGUUCAAUAAAAUAUUGGACUACUA